AUGACGAAAGUGAAAUGCUGGCCAUUCUCUUGGUGGCAUGCACUUUCUUCUCUGGUUUCCAAUCUGUUGCAAUUUGUUCUUGGCUCCAACCAUUUUUCCUCCUGCAUUUCUUCCACAAAUCAGGGAUUACGCACAAUUCUUGCUCUCCUGGCAUUCUUCCUGGGAAAGGUGAGCCCGGACAACUCCACCGCCAGCAGCGUGCCAAUUGUGGGAAUAAUCUGGGCACUGGCGCUGUGGGUGUUUCUUCUCCUCCCAUUUCUUGCAAGCAUCGGCUACAGGAAGCGUUUUGAUCGAGCAAGAACGUCCCAGCCGCUGGUAUUUGCGUCGGUCUGGACCACGGCGUGGUUCCUGUGGAAUCGAUUCGGCGGCGUCGGCGCCCUCCUCCAUCCCGCCGUGUCGCAGGUGACAAUCUUGCCCCUGGUGAUGAGCGCCGGCGUGUGGGGGAUGGAUGGGAUCGCAUUCCUCAUGGCGUGGUUCUCGGCGAUUCUCCACGACAGGACCGUUCUCGACGAGUCUCUUCCCAAGAUGGACAAAUCCGACAAGAAGCGUGCUACGCAGCUGCAUCGCGGCCACUCCCUGGCGUUUGGAGCCAUUGCCCUCUCGACCUUGUUCUACGGCAGCGCCAGGGUCUCGGUCUUCUCGGGCGAUUUCUUCCAGAAGGACAUCGCCCUCACGAUGAAGAAAACAGUGCCGGUCUCUUGCGUCCUGGGCAAGCUCCUCGUCUACGAGGACAUGGAUGUGAUGCUCAACCGGACGAACCAGCGCCUCCGAGCCGGCGAUCGGUUGGUGCUCUGGUCCGAGGCUGCGGUGAAACUCCACCUCAAACAGGAGAGGGAUUCUCUCCAAUUCAAAGCCGGACAGAUCGCUUUCCAGCACGGCGCCUACGUCGGCAUCACUUACGAGUACAAGGACGCGAGCGUCGGGAACUAUUUCGACCUCGUUCUUCCCGAUGGCUCCAUUGGAUUUACCUACAGGAAAUCCCACUUGGUUCCAUUGGUAUGGAACUCCAGGGGAUCCCAUUCUUCCUGUCAUCAAGACCGAGCUCGGCCGGAUUGGAGGAGCUAUUUGUUACGAUUUCGAGUUCCCAGACCUGAUGCGCCAGGCCGGGAAAAAGAGGAUUGAUAUCAACCGCGACUUGGGAGCAAGCGGUCCCCGGGCGAAAGAGGCCGAUGCUUUCCGUGUCGUGGAGAAUGGCUUUAGUUGGUUGGAGGCGUUUCAGCGGUUGUAGAUCCAUAUCUCCAGACAUUCGAUUACAGAUGUGACAGUUUUGAUCAAUCAAAGCUCUCUAAUGUUCUUCUGUUUCUUUGGCAGGGAAGGUAUCUCCGACUCGGUCUUCGCCAUGGCGCUCCCAGUACUCGGGAAGGCCUGGACGCUUUACCCAGGCUACGGCUUUCUUUUCGCUUGGCUAGUGGCAGCACUCGCUGCGGUAUACGUCUCCAUGCUCUGCCUUUGUGUUCUACAUCACUGGUGACCGAUCCUUCAAGGAGUUUGAGAGGUCGGAGCUACAUUGCGUGCUGUUGUCAGAGGAAUCAAACGUGCUUGUCUAAGAUUCCUGUGAAGCCCAAUCUGUAAUACAAAACAUGGGUGAUAUGGACGUA